ACACUUGUGCCGCCGGGAGUCUUCCUGUCCUUCCUCCCUUUCGGGGGUGAUAAAACCUGCCAUGUCCGCCGAUUGCGUAUAAUAAUCACCCAAACUCCUUCCCAUCAUCACCAAGAUCCACAAGAAUGGCACAGCGUAGAGAUUCAAUGGAAAAUCUCCACCCAGCAAAUAUCCGCCCAAUCUCAUACUAUGAUCAGCGUCCAACCUCAUACCAUGAUCAACGCCCCCCCCGGGUUAUCGACCCUAGCUUCAGGUUGUCGGCCUUCGCCGGCAGAAUCGGCGGGAACCAACAGUUCACGAUUUCGCGCCAGGAUCCCGAGUUCUACCAGAUCAAGAGGGAUAGACCUGACGCCACAACGGAGGGGACAUGGGCGGAGUUGUGCGACCUGAGGGGGCUAUUGAAGAUGGAGAUUUGGAAGUCUGGCUUCAUCGAGUUCUGGGGUAAGUUUGCUGAGGGCUCUGCUCAAUACUGCCGUGGGGUUUAGGAAUUGCAUUGCUAAAAGAACUACUCUGUAGGGUCAUUGCUCAAUGCCUUCGCUUCGGGCGCUGCUGGAAUUUCUUUGGCUAAAUAUGGGUACCUAUCCUCGCACCGGUGUACUGCUGGCCUACCUGCUAACCGUAGUUUUUCUCCUUUUUUUAUUCUAGAAAUAAUUACUCCCCAAUCACUAUUGCAACGGCGGGAGCAUUGUCGAUAUUGUUCACUCUGCCGCUGUUUAUUCAUGCUGCGGGCCCAGCUUCGGGGGGUCACAUCAACUCGAUGAUCACCAUCGCGACCUUCACCGCCAAGCUCGCUGCCCUACCUAGGGUGAUCGUCUACGUUUUCAUGCAGAACCUCGGCGGAGUCGUGGGUGGUUUUUUGCUGCGAGCUGGGCUCGGCGAAAGUGCCACUCUUGGGGUAAGUUGACCCGUGCCAUCCUCUAGCCAUCUUUCUCCUGACUUUUGUGUUUUCAGGCAGUCGUUCCGGGAUGCUACUGGGCACCGGACACAGGGAUAACGGACGGACAGGCAUUCGUGAUUGAGUUUGCCUCCUGCUGUAUUGUGUUGUUUAUAGCCUUCGGGGUUGGACUCGACCCCCGUCAAAGGGACAUUUUCGGUCCUGCGCUAGGGCCCAUGCUCAUCGGUUUGGCCAUCGCUAUAAUAUCAUUCAUAACGGGUAUCAUGAGGCAAGGAUAUACUGGUGCUUGUGAGUAAAUACGCGUUCUCUUAGCUGUGGAGGAUGAAGCUUACAGAUAUACCCCUGUAGCUAUGAACCCCUCCAGGUGCCUUGGCAUCGUCUCCGCCACUCAAACCUUUAGGGGCCACUGGGUCACCUGGGCGGGAGCCAUUGCAGCAGCUUGUCUCAAUGGGCUACUCUAUAUUCUAGUUCCGCCCCAUCAUGCUGGACCGCCGCCCAAGGAUGAGGAGCUGGCUGACUGCAAGCAAAUAUAG